UGAUUACCUAUUCUACUGUCAGUGAAGAAAGCAACGUUAAUAUUGUACUGUAGGCGUUAUCUUUUCUAUUUCAAUUUACUUUCCAUCAAAAUACUUUUGUCAAUCCAUGCUUUAUAAAUUUUAUUUUAAUUAUAAAUUACUACCAUAAUAACGAUCAAUUUAUCAUAAAAAGUUGUACAUUUCAUUUCUUUGUGCUGUAAUUAAAAUGAAUUGUGAUAAUCUGACAUACUAUAUUUAUGACCUCUCGCGUAAUCUACGUGUUUAUUAACAAAAGCCAACUGCCGAUUUAUAUUUUGAUAAUAAAAUAGAUUCGAUGAAUACUAUGAGUGCGCAACAGAGCCCGGCGAACAUGCAAGCCGUCGUGGACAGAGAAAAGAUUUAUACAUGGAUCUUAGAGCUAUGCAAUCCAGAAACAAGGGAAAACGCUCUACUCGAACUGAGCAAGAAGCGUGAGGUUGUGCCGGAUUUAGCGCCUAUGUUAUGGCACAGUUUCGGUACGAUUGCCGCCUUACUACAGGAGAUUACUAAUAUUUACGUGGCUAUGAUACCUCCGACGUUGACAGCCCAUCAAAGCAAUCGUGUUUGCAAUGCUUUAGCAUUAAUGCAAUGCGUUGCUUCUCAUCCUGAGACGAGAUCUGCAUUUCUUCAAGCACAUGUUCCUUUGUUUUUAUAUCCUUUUCUUCAUACUGUAUCUAAAACUCGUCCAUUUGAAUAUUUACGACUAACCAGUUUAGGUGUAAUUGGAGCUUUAGUAAAAACAGAUGAGCAAGAAGUAAUAACGUUUUUACUGACAACUGAAAUCAUACCACUGUGCCUGCGCAUUAUGGAGAAUGGUUCCGAAUUAUCCAAGACUGUUGCCACAUUCAUACUGCAGAAGAUUCUAUUAGAUGACAGUGGGUUGUGUUACAUCUGUCAAACCUACGAUAGAUUCUCGCAUGUGGCUAUGAUAUUGGGAAAAAUGGUGUUGUCUCUAGCGAAGGAUCCAUCAGCUCGUCUCCUUAAACAUGUUGUUCGUUGUUACCUUCGCUUGUCAGAUAAUCCCAGAGCUCGUGAGGCACUCAGACAAUGUCUUCCAGACCAGCUACGAGAUGCAACAUUUACAGCAUGCCUCCAAGAGGACAAUUCAACAAAGCACUGGUUGGCACAACUGAUAAAGAAUUUAGAAGCUCAGCCACCUCCUGCUAGUCCCGCUCAACCAAACAUGUACAAAUCAAGAUGAAAACCGCUAAUUUUAUAUGCAGGUUUAGUGAGCUGGAUUAGAAAUAAAUUUUUUAACAAUUUGGAUCUUAUAUUUUUUAUUCUAUAUGUAUUGUAACAAAAAGGCUAUAGCAAGCAGACAUUCAGGGACUGUAUUCAUUUAUAAAACUUAAAUUUAUCGCAAUGAAACAUGACUCAAAAUAUGAUAAUAAUUUUAAAUUUUUCA